AUGGAGGUUCCGCGUAUGAAGGAAAUGCAAUUACUUUGGUCAAGAACGCAAAGUACCCGUCUUGCUCUCUUUCCAUCAAUGGAAACCAAAUGCCAUAACCACAAGCGUAAAGCUUGGCAAAAUGACAUUAAUUUGUAUUCUUCUAGUACACGUUUGAUGGUCAAGGUUCUUCGCUCAAGGGUUUUUAAGCUCCUUGGUCGGUUCUUGAUAGUUUUCGCUUUGACCAUUAUGUUACUUAACUUUACCAUCAACUACGAAACUGUUCUGAAGCCUGAAAUUAUCUCUGAUGAUGAUGAUGAUGUUGCCGCCGCUGAUCCUGUUAAUCUGGAGUUCCUGCCAAUUUUGUUCAAUGAUUUGAACAAUGAAGGUGUUCUUAAAACGGGGAAAAAAGGACUAUUGUUGAGCGAUGAAUAUGAUGAAGAAACCAUUCAGGGUUCUUUGUUAUCGACAAAAAUCGAUAUGGAAUUCAGUGUUGUAAAUGAUUCUCAAGAAAAAAGUUGUAUCCCUGACGAGUCCAUUGAUUUCAUCUUCACCAAAAGCUUUCAAUCGUCAUUAGAGUUCAUUGACCGUAGCCUCAAAGUGGGUGACAUUGUUUUUGUUCAAGACCUGGGUGAAUGGUUUACGCAUUCAUUCAACAAUCCGUCUGAUUUUAAGAUUGUUUAUUACAGGAAAUUCUAG